UCAAGUCAAUUAGGGGAGGCAUGGUGCAAUGGGCUAUGCCACGGUUGGGAUACCUGCAUCCUGUAUUGGAGUGCCUGGGACUGGGUCUUGUCUCUGCUUCCCUUCCAGCUUCCCUGCCAGUGUUCCUGGGAUGCAGCAGAUGAUGGCUUCAGUUACUUAGGUCCCUGCCACCCACAUGGGAGACCUGGAUGGAGUUCCUGGUUCCUGGCUUUGGGUUGGCCCAGCCCUGGCUACUGUAGGCUUUUGGAGAGUGAACCAGCUGACUGAAGUUUUGUUUCAACCCAUUGGCUGCUUCUACUCCGUUCUGAGUCCGUAGUAGCAAUGUCGGGCACGGGACAGAGCGCUCCCAUCGUGACGCCGUGGUGGACGGUACCUGCGAACUUUGAGGACCCAGUGAACCUUCUCGUUGAAGAUGAAGAAGUGGAGCAAAUAUUCGGCCAAGAUGACAAGUACCUCCGGUGCAUCGAGGAGCACAGUAACACCCUCAUUCAACUGGACAGAUACUAUGUGGCCUGCAGCUACACUCGCAUCAUCAUCACCGGACCUGUUAGGGCACAACGAUGGCUGAUGUACAUGAUGAGUUGCCUCAGGAUCGACCAUCCUGACCUUCAGGCCGAAGGCCUUCAGAUGCUGCAGCAUGUGCGCAGUGAACCGCUGACCAAGGAGGACAUUCGUAAGAUCGAGGCGGAGCACCAGACCUCUCCCGAAGGCCGUGAGCACGAGUGGGACCACUUCCCUUGAGGAUCUUGUGGCUUCGCCUUUCCAGGUGCUCGUUGUUCCUGGGUCUAUGGAAUUUCAAGCUAUCCAAUAUAAAGGACUGAUCAUCCUUGCAAAGCUGAGAUGAGAGGGGACAUCUCGGCCUUGCCCUUGGUGAAGAUGUUUGUGUCUCUAGACCAGGGGGCCUGGUCUGCCGCUGUUAUACCCUGAGUUAGCCAAUAAAGCAGCCGUGUC